UUGACGAUUUUGAUAUUAGAUUGUUUUCGAAAAGAUUUGACUAUUAUAUUGUUUAAAAUGAAAAGUUUGGAUAUUAAAUUGUAUUUACCCUAAAUUUAAGGUAUUGAGUUCGAUUUUCGUAUAACACGUGUAUCGUUUUAAAUGAAGACACCAAAAAUAAAAGUAAUAAACGUCUUCUAGUUAAUACAAUACAAAUCAUCUUGUUUUGUGAUUUCAUCAAUGUGCAUAAAUUGGACCAAAAUCCAAAGCAAAACAAACAAGAAGAUGAAAAGACCACGACCAUACCGAUUCUCGUUUGCUUACUUACGCAAUUGCUCAACUCGCUUCCUUUUGCCUGGACUGAUGGCUAUGUGAACAAAGGGGGAUCUGGGUGGCGUUUGAGUUUUGAUAUUCUGAUUCUUUAGAGGUGAGAUGGAGAAGAAGAACUUAAGCAAAAGGAAUCGCUUCGGAUGUUUUAAAGCAAAAAAAGUAAUCUUUUUUACCUUUCCCAUUUAUUAAUAGGGAAAAAAAAUCCAUAAUUCUCGAAUGGCCAAAAUGAAAACAAAAUGUUAUCAAAUGUCGUAAUCUCAUCAUUCUCAUCUUUGCUAUUUUGUGCAUGUCCCCUUCGAAUCCGUUCUCUAUUUUCUCCAUCUCUCUUUUGGGGAAUAGUGCUCAGUUCAAGUUCCAGCCACACGUUCAUCAUCACAACCACUGAAAUGGGCAAAAACGUCGACAAUUUGAGCACUAAAAGGAUUCGAUUUCUGUCAUCGAGAAUGGGAGAUGGAGCCACUCUGUUUUUCUUCCUUUUGCUUGGCAGAGCAUCAGUUACAUCACUCUCACGUUUCCAUAUUCCAAAACGCCCAUCGCGCAAUUAUGCGUUGUGGGUUUUUCUGUCCCGGCCAUCGAUGGUUGGAAAUCCGCCAUAGCCGAUGGUGCAGAUAGCAGGAAUUAGAGUACGAAGGAGAAGGAGUCAACGAAAGAGGAGGAGAGAGGGAGAGUUGCCAGGUGGGCAGAUUCAGCGCCAGCCAUAGUUGGCAAUUGUCCAUUGAAUUUUCCCAUUUAGCGUGUAGUACUACUACUAAGCUAGUACCGCAUUUUUUACACUGUCCGUUAAGUUUUGGCUACUCUUCUGUACUGCUAAACAACUUUUGCAGUACAACGUUGAUGGUCACUGAUCUGCUUUUCUGGGCUGUGGCCGCUUAAUGCUUUGCUUUGGUGGGUUGGUUGGAAAUCGACGUUUUGACAAUCGCCCCCCUUCUUCCCUUCCACCCUAACUUUCCUUCUUUAUGUUCUCUCUCUCUCAAGAUUCCCGUUCUCUAUAAAUUCGAGAUGUCUCUGUUCCAGUUUUGAUGCCAUCCCCACACACCCUUCUGCCUGUCGGGUAUAAAUUCCCCGUCUCCAGAUUCCUUCUAUCUUUCUGUAUUCGCCGCAUUAAGUUCUGAAUUCAAUGCUAUCGGUGUGAGAUUUGUCUUGAAAUGCUCAACUCGGGACACCUCCAAAAGGAACUGAAUCCGCCCAAGUAUUUGUCUUCUCAGCCGCUUUCUUCCUUGUGAUAGUUGAUUAUAUGAUUAUAUCAAGUUGGCUGUUUGCAAAGUAAGGCCAAGCAUAUAGAAGACAGAAUAGCAGCAGAGAAGAAAAAUCCAAGUGGGGAGAUAAAGAAAGCCGAGAUUCUUGCAACGGGUAAUGCACUACACCUUCAUGUUACUUGCGGUUGAUUGGUCUGAAAGAAGAAAACAAAAAAGGAAAACCGAAUUGGGUCUGAUCUCGCUGUCAAUUGAUUAUUGAUUGUGUGUAUUAUAGGCAAAGAGAAGAAGACAGGGAACUAGCAGUCUUCUAAGCAAUGAGUCAACUGAGGAAUACGGGCAGUAAUGGGGAGGAAAUGAAGGAGAUUCAAAGGCGGGAAACAGAUGAAGCAACUGAGAACAGUACAGAUGGAGACAAUCAAGAUGAAGUUGCUGCUGCAGCAGCAGCUGGGGAGGAAGAAGAAGAAGUGAAGAGGAUUGUCCCGUGGACGAAACAGAUCACGAUGAGGGGAAUGGUGGCCAGCCUUGCAAUUGGGUUUAUCUACAGCGUGAUUGUGAUGAAGUUGAACCUCACAACUGGGUUAGUCCCAAACUUCAACGUCUCAGCAGCUCUGCUUGCGUUUGUGUUUGUGAAGUCCUGGACCAAAUUCCUGAAGAAAGCUGGGUUUGUCUCCAAACCCUUUACAAGACAGGAGAACACCUUGAUUCAGACAUGUGCUGUGGCUUGUUACAGCAUUUCUCUUGCAGGUGGGUUUGGAUCUUAUCUUUUGGGCUUGAACAGGAAGACCUAUGAGCAAGCUGGGGUUGACUCGGAGGGCAAUAAUCCGAGGAGUGUAAAGGAACCUGGUGUUGGCUGGAUGACUAGUUUCCUCUUUAUAAGCAGCUUUGUUGGGUUACUUGCUCUGGUUCCCCUAAGGAAGAUUAUGAUAAUUGACUACAAACUGACAUAUCCUAGUGGAACUGCUACUGCGGUUCUUAUCAAUGGAUUUCAUACUCCGAAGGGAGACAAGAUGGCCAAGAAGCAGGUUCAGGGGUUCUUGAGGUUCUUUUCUUUGAGCUUCAUUUGGGCUUUCUUUCAGUGGUUCUACACUGGUGCACCCAAAUCCGAUAUCCCAUGUGGUUUUGUUCAGUUUCCUACACUUGGAUUGGUUGCUUUUAAGAACACAUUUUACUUUGAUUUCAGCCCGACAUACGUUGGAGCAGGAAUGAUAUGCUCCCAUCUUGUUAAUUUGUCGUUGCUCUUUGGUGCCGUGCUUUCUUAUGGUGUAAUGUGGCCACUAAUCGGGGGACUCGAAGGCAAUUGGUUUCCUUCAAAUUUAUCAAAAAGCAGUAUGAAGGGUCUCAAUGGUUACAAGGUGUUCAUUUCUAUCGCUAUGAUACUGGGAGAUGGACUGUAUAAUUUCCUCAAGAUACUCUAUUUCACAGCUACCAACAUCGUUGGAAGUGCAAGAACAAGAAGAAAUUUCCGAACCCGUCCUGAAAAUCAGAAGCAACCUCCAACCGAUGAUCUCCGAAGAAAUGAAAUAUUUGUGAGGGAGACAAUCCCAAUUUGGGUAGCCUGCAUAGGCUAUCUUGCCUUUUCCAUCAUCUCCAUCAUAGUGAUCCCUCUCAUGUUCCCCGAACUCAAAUGGUACUACGUUGUGGUCGCCUACAUUCUAGCCCCCUCCCUCAGCUUCUGCAAUGCAUAUGGUGCAGGGUUAACAGACAUGAACAUGGGUUACAACUACGGCAAAGUAGCCCUCUUCAUCCUAGCAGCACUAUCAGGGAAAGAUAAUGGCGUUGUUGCAGGGCUCGUAGGGUGUGGGCUAAUCAAGUCAAUUGUCUCCAUCUCUUCCGAUUUAAUGCAUGAUUUCAAGACGGGGCAUCUCACUCUAACUUCCCCUCGUUCCAUGCUUCUUAGCCAAGCAAUCGGCACAGCCAUUGGCUGCGUCGUAGCUCCACUCACAUUCUUUCUAUUCUACAAGGCAUUCGAUGUUGGAAACCCUGAAGGCGAGUACAAGGCUCCCUAUGCUCUCAUCUACAGAAACAUGGCGAUUCUUGGAGUGGAAGGCUUCUCUGCCCUUCCCAAGCACUGCCUGCAGUUAUGUUAUGGGUUCUUCACGUUUGCCAUUGCAGCCAACUUAUCAAGAGACUUGUUGCCGAAGAAAGUAGGGAAGUGGGUUCCAUUGCCCAUGGCAAUGGCUGUUCCUUUCCUUGUGGGGGCGUACUUUGCGAUUGAUAUGUGCGUGGGGAGCUUGGUUGUUUUCGUGUGGCACAAGUUGAGUAGCAGAAAGGCUAGGUUGAUGGUUCCAGCAGUCGCUUCUGGAUUGAUAUGUGGAGAUGGGUUGUGGAUUCUGCCCGCUUCAAUUCUUGCUUUGGCUAAGGUGACUCCUCCUAUUUGUAUGGGUUUUAUGUCUAGCAAAUAGGGUCUUCGAGAUAGAGUAAGGAUUGGAGGAAGAUGAAAGGUGGAGCCAUCAUUGUAGAGAUAAAGAUAGAUCUUUGAGCGGUUAGGGUACAUAUUAAUAAUAUGCUCGAUGUUUUCUCACCACAACUGGUGAAAAUAGUGAGUUAAUAGAAGAAGAAAAUGUAUGAAGUUUCAAAGUUGAUAUAGAGAGCUCUGUCAGGGUUCAGUUCUGAUGUUUGGAUUGUAUUCUUACGUUGAUUCUGAACUUUGAUAAUAUUGCUUGCUCUCUGUUUGUCAAGUAGCAAAUGAAAGAGGUAUAGCUCA